AUGCCGUCUUCUCUUGAAAAAUCACCAUACAGAUACCGAUCUUCAUAUUCUUCAUACUUUACCCCGAAAAUCGUUAGAAAUCUUUUAUUCAUAUCAUUUACCCUUUUAUUGAUCAUUUAUUUUUACAAUAUUCAAACUGACAUAAUAAUAAGUUCUCCAAUAUAUCAAACAAGUAAUAAUAACAACGUUAUAGUAAUUGUCGAUGGAGAACAACAGGCAAAAGCUUUACAACCGAUUUAUUGUAAUUUAUCAAAAAAGUCGAGAGAUACAUUUAUUCAUGUUGUAGUUACUGGUAAAAGACGUGGAAUUUGUGGAGAAGAGUUGAAAAAAAUGAAUUCCAAAUCACCUGGAUGUCGUGUAUCCGUACACGACUUGGGUAUUCGAAACAGUUCACCAAACGAUGAAAAUGUUAUAUUUAUGGAAACAACUCACGCGAUAAAUAAAAUUAGACCGGUUGUAUUGAUUUAUAUAAAAAAUUUAAAUGAUAACGUAAUGCGUGGAAUUGACGCUGCUGCAAUAGCAAUGUCCAGUGUUAAUAAUAAAUUCACAAAGAUUGCAAUACCUAUCGAAUAUAUGAACAACACAAUGUUCAUUGCUGAUUUGCCAAUUGAAGCUAUUAAACAAUGGAAUACGCCAAAAUUUCAUGUUCAUGUAAUUACACAAGAUCGUCCAGCUUCUUUAAAACGUCUUGUAAGCUCACUUGAUUCAUCCAUUUAUCUUGGUGACAACGUACCUCUCACCAUAAAUAUUGAUGAGAGUGCUGACCCAGAUACAAUUGAAUAUUCCCAUACUGUUGAAUGGCGGUCUGGCAAAAAGAAUAUUCUACGUCGUACAGUUCAAGGUGGUUUGGUUGCAAACAUUGUGGAAUCUUUUUAUCCGACUGAUAACAAUGAUUAUGGCUUCAUAUUUGAAGAUGAUAUUGAAGUUUCUCCAUUUUUUUAUAUAUGGGCUAAAUACACCGUUUUAAAAUAUAGAUACGGUCCUGAUCGAAUUUUAAGCAAUAGAAUGUUUGGUGUUAGCCUUUACAAUCAAAAACUCAUAGAAUUAACUUUACCUAGGCAUAAAAAAUUUAAUGCUGCUCUUGUUCUAGAUCCUACAAAAUAUAAUAGACGAAGUCCAUAUCUUUGUCAAGUACCAUCUAGUUGGGGUUCUUUAGUAUUCCCAGAAAUAUGGCGUGAAUUUAAUCAUUAUAUAACUGCUCGAUUAAAAGAUGUUAAAGGUCCUAAUUUACAAGAUAUUAAUAUUCCUGAAAGUCGUUCAAAUGGGUGGCAUAAUUCUUGGAAACGUUUUUUCAUUGAACUUAUUUAUCUUAGAGGUUAUGUGAUGCUUUACCCAAAUUAUAUUAAUUAUGUCAGCUUUUCUAGUAAUCAUCAUGAAACAGGUGUACACGUUCAUAAAAAACACCGUAAAGGCUUUUUAUUACCACUCAUGAAAAAUGAUAUUAUAUCUGAAGGACUACCAGGUGGAGUUUUACCCGAUUAUAGAAAUUUACCAACUUUGGAUCUUUUUGGAAGAGUUGUAUCAUUUCAUAAACUUGUGGAACGUGGACAUAAUCUACAUAGAGAUAUUUCACUAUGUCCUCCUAACGAUUCUGCAACACUCACUUAUGAUCCUAAAGAUCUAUUAUGCAACAGAAUAAACAUAAUUAAACAAAAUAAUGAAACUAUCAGUGCUGGAACUAUCGAAAUUAAACAAAUCAAGCAAGACAACGAAAAUAUUAAUAAUGAACAAAGACUUAAUGCAAAACCGAUCUUAAAUAAGGCCAAUCCCAAUCCAAAGUUAGCUCAUCAGGAUUCUAAGUUGGAUAUCAAUGAUGAACAAAGACCCACUGCAAACCCCAUCUUAAAAAAGACUAAUUCCAAUCAAAAUUUAGUUCAUCAGGAUUCUAAGUUGGAUAUCAAUGAUGAACAAAGACCUACUGCAAAACCUGAUUCAAAGUUGGAUAUUAAUUAUGAACAAAGACCUACUGCAAAACCGAUCUUAAAAAAGAAUAAUCCCGAUCAAAUGUUAGCUCAUCAUGAUUCUAAGUUUGAGAUUAAUGAUGAACAAAGACCUACUAAAAAGCCGAUCUUAAAAAAGACUAAUCCAAAUCCAAAGUUAUCUCAUCAUGAUUCUAAAUUGGACAAGUCUUAA